AGCGGAAAUGAUAGUCUGUGCCUUUAAAGGCUCCUUGGGAUAAUUUCGCCUUGAUGGAUUCGGGGCACUCAGACUGAAACGAUUGCAUUCUUGCCACCAGUCCCUUCCAGACAGAGAAAUGUGUGCCUGAGGAAGGUCUAUGUCAAGGACCGAUUAUUUUAUAUAGUGGAAGCUACUGAUGGAUAAAACCAGGUCUUGAUCGGAGGAUGCGGACUGCACCUUUUUAGCACGUAGCCUACCAUGCACUUUCAUCGCUCUCAGCCUCCUUAAGUCGUGCCAGUUCCAGUUCUCACUGGAGGUUUCUGUUGUUUACAUCUGUGAAAUAAAACGUUGAAGAUUUACACGUGGACGUUUGACCUUUCUUUAAGCUGUAAGCUUAGACUAUUUUUAUAAUUUUUUUCCCGUUCUCUUUUUUGUGCAAUUUAAUCAUUGGAGCGAGCCAUACUGAUUUUGCUUACAUGGACCUACUUCUUGGCAGAAUGCUAUGGUGGUGACGGCCUAUCUUUUUCUUCCAGAAGAAUAUCGUGAGCCACUUGCCUCUUACCGACAAGAUUUUGUGAUAAAACAUUUUUAUAUUUUCUUUUAAUAGACUUUGGAUACCAUGUUUCUCGACAUCGUCUUCAUAAAGUAUAUCGGGCUGUACUGCUGUGAAAUAUGCAAGAAUGGAUUAUUUGACGAGCUGUUUGCUCUGAACGACAUCGUUUAAAAUGAAGAAUCUCAAGAAAAGAAAUAAAACGAUGACCUCAUCGCAGUCGGUAUGGAUUUCAGAUGUAGUUUAUAGUAUCUUUUUGACGUAAACCGACAAUGAUUUUGAAUUUUCACCGACUGAAGUGCAGACAGCCCAAAUGUUUUCUUCUGUAGCCUACCUAUGCACCUAUAUCAGAAUCUGUCACCAACUGCAGAUUAUGUAGGGUGUUUUUAUUUUUCGCUUGUGGUGUAAACAUUACUGGAAGGAGAUAGGUUCACUUAAUGUUGGAUUAUCACGUCUCGUCAAUAGAGUGGUCGCAUAGAUGGCGAAUACAAGUGAUCUGGGGGAAAGCAACCCAUCGCUUCAGAAUUAUGCUAUCACUGCCUCUGCGGUGAAGCUGGCCUCCCUGGGACUCAUUAUUUGCACCAGUCUGAUAGGGAACGUGUCGCUGUCCCUCCUGGUGCUGAAAGACAGCACCCUACACAAGGCUCCCUACUAUUUUCUUCUAGAUCUGUGCUUGGCCGAUAUCAUUCGGACGACUGUUUGCUUCCCCUUCGUGAUGAUCUCUAUAAGCAGUGGCUCCAUCUGGGCAUACAGUCUAAUAAGCUGCAAGAUCAUCGCGUUCAUGGCAGUCCUCUUCUGUUUUCACAUAGCAUUCAUGCUCUUCUGCGUCAGCGUUACACGAUACAUGGCUAUCGCUCACCACAGAUUUUAUUCCAAACGAAUGACACUGUGGACAUGUGUAGCUAUUAUCUGCAUGGUGUGGACCCUCUCUAUCGCGAUGGCAUUCCCUCCGGUGUUCGAUGUCGGUACUUAUAAAUUCAUCCGAGAGGAGGAACAGUGCAUCUUCGAGCACCGAUAUGUGAAAGCAAACGAUACCUUGGGGUUCAUGUUGAUGCUGGCCGUGAUAGUAGGCACAACACAUGUCGUUUAUAUCAAAAUGUUGUGUUUUGUCUACGACCAUCGUAAAAUGAAACCCGCACAGCUGAUCCCGGCCAUCAGCCAAAACUGGACAUUUCAUGGCCCAGGUGCGACAGGCCAAGCGGCUGCCAACUGGAUUGCGGGCUUUGGACGAGGUCCCACUCCACCAACACUGGUGGGCAUCCGACAAGCGUCGCACAACGCCAAUCGAAGGCUAUUAGUUUUGGACGAAUUUAAAAUGGAGAAGCGGAUAGGGAAGAUGUACUACAUGAUAACACUCGCGUUUCUCGUUCUCUGGGCUCCUUACAUCGUUACAUGUUAUCUUCGAGUGUUUGUCAAAGGCAGCACCAUUCCACAGGUCUACCUAACUGCGGCCGUGUGGCUGACUUUUGUCCAAGCGGGAGCCAAUCCAAUUAUCUGUUUCAUUUUCAACAAAGAACUGAGAAUGCGUCUUAGGGCCUGCUUCCCUUUCUGCGUGGGUACCCAAACACCCAUGGAGCCAUAUUGUGUCAUCUGAGGGAACACGUCGCUUUAAUCUGGGUCUGAAACGUGUGAUUCCUCCCCCUUUCAACAGUGCACUCUAUUUUAGCUUUCUGGGGUGGUCCUAAUGGCCCUGCCUGAAAUAAUGACUAUGAUGACUGAAAUAAUUUGAAGAUGUUUCUCACAUAAAUAUAUAUGUAUAUUUGUUUGAAGAUAAUUGUUGAAAUGAACAAAUCAGUGUAUUAUAAUGUAAAUGAUGUACAUUGGUUUUGCUUUUAUCCGUUUCUAUUGGCAAUUAUAUUUGAUAAAAAUCUUGGUAGACUUUGUUUGUGCUAAAAUAUCAAACCUCAGACAUCUGUUGCAAGUGUAUGUAUCACAUGGACGAAUAUGUGGAUGAUUCCCGCUCACAUUCCCUUUAAAACAGACCCACAAACAUCUUCUUUUCGUAUGAUCAAGGACUGUUCGACUCAAUAUGUCAGUGGCAGUGCUGUCAGGAGACAUUUGCAUUGUUUGUACUGAAGAUGAAAUAAACCAUGAUUGAUUAUU